CAACUCCAAAACGGUCCAAGUCAACCAGAACAGCCCAAACCCAGGCGCGGCAGCUUAGCGCCAUUUCCACCGCUGCAAAUAAACCCCCAGUCGCAGCCAUCAACUUCUACCGACCCAUGACUCAGCCACCGCACCAUGGCAGCCACCCGAUUGCUUCGCAAGAAGCCCAAUAAGAAGCCAUCCUCGGACCCAGUGCCCCUCACUCCCAUGGCUCCCGGUCCCAAGUUCUACAAAAACAACACCUCUCACAUUCUCCUCAUGUUCCUUCUCUUUGCCAUUUUGUCCAACACGUGGAGCGCCUCGAUUGCUUACGACGCCGCGGUUUACUCCAUCGAGGUCGUCAAUGAGUUCCCUCAUGAUCCCAAUGCCCUCACCCAGGGGCUUCUUUAUGCUGGAAAUGGGAGCUUAUUUGAGUCCACUGGUCUUUAUGGCCGGUCAUCACUGCGCAAGGUGGAUAUUCAAACAGGAAAGGUUGAGGUUCUUCAGGAGAUGGAUUCUAGAUAUUUUGGGGAGGGAUUAACUCUUCUUGGUGAAAAGCUAUUCCAAGUAACUUGGCUGACGCAAAUUGGUUUCAAAUAUGACCGAAAUGAUUUCAGAAAAUCUGAAAAGUUCACUCAUCAAAUGAAAGAUGGUUGGGGACUGGCUACUGAUGGAGAACUGUUAUUUGGAAGUGAUGGCACGUCCAUGUUGUACAAGAUUGACCCUCAAACACUGAAAGUUAUAGACAAACACAUAGUCAUAUACAAAGAUCAUGAAGUGCACAACCUCAAUGAGUUGGAGUUUAUAAAUGGCGAAGUUUGGGCAAAUGUUUAUCAGGCAGACUGCAUUGCCAGAAUCUCGCAAGACGAUGGCAGGGUGCUUGGAUGGAUUCUCCUUCCAAAUCUAAGGGAGGGCUUACUAGCUGCUGGGAAUCAUGCUAUUGAUGUGCUAAACGGCAUUGCAUGGGAUAGCAAGAGCAACCGUAUCUAUGUGACUGGAAAACUAUGGCCGAAGCUUUAUGAGGUUAAGCUGCGUCCAAUUAAAAAGCAGUUCAAGGAUGGAGCCAUAGAGCAGCUAUGCCUGCGGAAGCCAUUUUUUCGUUGAAGCCAUUGUGUUAGCUAUUGACUGAAGUACUGAAUAUAUCGACACUGCAUUGCAAGCUUUGGAGGCAUACAUCCAAAUUUUCUUGAACUUCUUUACACAGAGAAAGACCCGUAGAUCAGUUGCAGAACUACUUUGUAAGUUAUGGCUACCAAAAACGA